GACAGUGUCGUUCAGGAGGCAGCUUGAGAAAGGUCGGCGGGAGGUGGAGCUUUGCUGAGAGACAGAUCUUGAGUGGAGUUAGCGAGCUCUUGGUUAGCUGCCCGGAGAGAUGGAAAGGGCCUGAGACUGGGGAACAGAAGCAACGGCGUAUCCAUCUAUUUAUCAACAUACACACUUACACCACCUGGGAGAUAGGAGAGCUGCUGUGAUGAAUAAAGACUUGUGCAUCCAUUCCUGGCCUGGUUCAUACUAUCUUGACAGUGAGAAACGAUGGGUUUAUGGCAAACUAUCGCUCACACCAGGCCAAUUGGCAUUUACAUCUGACAAGGAGGGGCUUACGCUGACCAGCUUCAAGCUCUCUGCCAUCACCAGCAUCAAGAAGGAAACAUCCAGCUUCAUAUUCAGCUCACUCACCGUGCUGGUAAAUGGCAACGAGAAGCACUGGUUCAGUUCGCUGCAGCCCAAUCGGACAGUGGUAUUUAACAUCAUCGAGCACUUCUGGCAAGCACAGUUGCUUUCAUCCGAUGGGGUGGAAGUAGAGGCCAGCCCUGAUCGCACAUCCAAGGGGAAACAGCUUAUUCACUUGGCUUCCAGCUCUCACCAACGUUUGGAAGACACAGCCAAAGUACUGCAUCAUCAGGGAGAGCAGUUUGAUCGCAUCAUGAAAGGGCUGGACAAGAUAGAGUCAGACAUGGAUGUGGCAAACAGACUGCUAACUGAGCUGGAGUCUCCGCCGUGGUGGCCGUUCAGCAGUCGCCUCCGAAAGGCUCAACAGGAAACGAAGAGUCAACAAGAACUCCCGCGAUCUGCCUCAAAGGCUUUUGGGAAGGAAGGUUUGAUAUUGAAAGUCCCUGUUCUUUACUCCCAAGGUCAAGAUCCUAACCUGAAACAGGGAACGCUCGCAGUUCUUUGCUCAGGUCUGGAAAUCUGUGAUUCGAAUGACCAGCUUGUGCAUAAGUUCCGACGGGAGGACGUUGAUGAUGUUAAAGUGCAAAGCCCUUAUGAAAUGGUUGUCCGUCAGAGGUUCAUAGGGAAGCCCGACAUUUCCUUUACCUUACAGUCUGCGAAGAUGACUGAUGUUGUUUCCAUUGUGGAGAUACAGUACUCCAAAAAAGUGCAAUUCAAAGAUGAUUUGUUGGGGCUCUUCAGUCCAGAGGACUCUCCUGUUUCAGACAGUGUCGGCAUGGGUGGCUCCAUAUGGAAUGCAGAUAGGCCCUCGUUGUCUGCCCUCAUGCUGAAAUACAAGGCAACAUACACAUAUGGACGUGAAGAAUGAGAUUGUAGGGGCACUUACUAACACACUGUCUGCAUGAAGAAUGGAUGAUUAGAUAUACUCUUGGGGGUGUGCUUUGUAUUUGUACAUGGAUAUCUCAAUGAGUAGGAAAGGCAGGAUGCUAAAAUUUAGAGUAUGAAUGUAUGCACAUUUAUUUAAACAAUAACGUGUCAACUGGGGAAAAAUAAUGAAAUUAUGAACUUGUUUAUGAAAAUUGGGUUCAUCAUACUUUGCUUUCCUUUAUCCCAUCAGUUAUGAUGAUUAUUUCCACUAGUUUCCACUAAAAGAAAAAUAACACCCACAUCAUUUCUGCUUUGAUGCUUUUAGGUAAUCAUUUCUGAUUGUGUCUAUAGCCUUCAGUACUUUAAUGACAAAACAUAAUUCACCUUUUCUGCUACGCAACUCAAAAUACACUCUAGCUACAAUAUUAAUUUUGAAAAGCAAAAUCAGUCUCUACGUUGCUCUGAUACACCCUAUUUCUAUCACAAUUUCUUCCUCCU